AGUGUUCCAGAAUGUUCUAUCUCAUCUGACGACCUAGAACAGUACGCACUGGGAAGCUUGGGACUUGCUUCCAGCUCCAACUCUACUGACUCUGCUCUGAGACUAAAAGUCUGGUGCACCAAGGCAGAGCAGAAGCUGUGUGUGUUGUGAGAAGCCCCUGCCUGCUCGUCCCCCAUUCCCCGUAGUGAAUUCCUUGUUGAAAUUUAUACCCCCCACCACCUCCCCGAAUAUCUAGAAGAAGCAGGCUCCCAUCAGAGCCUAUAGCCAGGAGCCGAACUCAGCCGCAGGAAGGAAGCCCCGCCCCCAGCCGUAGACUGUGAUCUCCUGGCAACCGCCUAACAGAGUCUUUUUGGGACUGUGCUCCCUUAGCGCCUGCGCUGAACUCCCCUGAUUCAAGUGGCUGCAACUGUGCAGCAGGUGCAGGAGCCAACAGGUGUGCCCACUCACAGGUCAGCUUCCCAGGGUCCGGUAUAUACUGGGCCCGCUCACUUUCCCCUCUGCAAGUGGGAACUGCCACGCCUGUGCUGUUGCCACAUCUGGGACUCUGCUGCAUGCUCUUGAAAGGAGCCGGAUCUCCCAUCUUCAGGUGCCUCCUGGGUCACCUGGAUCCGUAUGCCAAGAGCACCCCCUGACCAACUCCUGAUUUCUGAGAGACGAGUUGGACGAGCUCAGGACCAUUCUAGUGCUGUGCGACAUGGCCCUGCAGGCAUGGGACUGGGAGGAAGAGGAGAGAGCAAGCACGAGGCCCCUCUCCACGGCCAGUGAUUACCACUCAGCGAGCGAAUGUGAGACGGAGGAGUACCCGAAGUCCAGGACCCCAGGCAAUGAGUGGGACUCUGAGGACCAGUUCAGCAGCCUGCAUUCCUCAGAGGGGCCUGCCUGCAUCUCUAACUCUGAUGUGCCCCAGGUUGUCCCCUGCAAAUUCGUGAUUUCACUGGCCUUCCCCUCACUACUGGGUAAUAAGGGAAAACCCACCAAUGUACCUGAUAAAAAGAAGGCCGCUAAAUCAGAAAACCGGGCUGGGAAGGCUCGUCAGUUCUACCACAUCGAGUAUUUUUUCCUGCCCGAUGACAUAGAACCCAAAAUAGUUGACAUCGUGGUGUUUCCUAACGUAGCCAAAGUGUUUCUGGAUUCAGGAAUAAAGACUGUAAAGCCAUGGAAAGAUGACGACAAAUUCUGGGUGUCAUGGAGCCAAACUUUUCAUGUCAACAUGACAAAGGAACUGUUAAAGAAAAUGAAUUUCCACAAAAUCACUCUGAAGCUCUGGGACACCAAGGACAAAGUCUCAAAAAAAGUCAGGUACCACCGGGUGAAGACAUCGGCAUAUUCGGAGGACUCAGACUCCUUUGAGGAAGUGAAAAAUUUGGUUUUGAGUCAGAAGAGGCUGUCUGUAAUUGUCGAUGGCAAAGUCAACAUUGUCCCUGAAGAGUUGAAAGAGGAGAAUGUACCAGGUGACCAAGAAAAGGCAGAAAAACACUCGAAAUCUCCACAAGAACCCGAAACCCCUUCUAAGAAUGAGGAGUGUGAGAAGUUACUGAAGAUGGAGGAGUCUUCAUCUAGACGGACCACUAUGAAGACACCCAUUUCUCUGAGUGGAGCAACCAUGAUGGAGAUCAAGGAACUUAUUGAGAAGCCAUCGUUGAGCAGCUUAACCAACAUGGUAGAAAAACAAAAGUCUCAACUUAAAGGCAAAGAGAUAGAAGUAAAGAAGAAAAACCCAAAGAAAGUGAAGAAGUAUCAGACAGAAGAGGAAAGGGACCAGAGGCAGGAAGGCGCCCCCUGGAAGCAGAGCACCUUCUCCAUCCAGCUGCCCGUUAUGCCGCUCCUUGCCGGUAGCUACCAUGUUCUUAGAAUGCUCACACGAGAAACUCGUGGCUGGCAAACGGUCAUCUGCCGUGGCAGUGAGAAGUCUGCCAACAUUUUAGACUGCUUUUUGACCUUAAAAACAGAAGUUCCUAUCAUGACUGAAGAGCAAAAACAAGAAUUGAACCCCCUGACCAUAAAGAUCAGGUGCGCCUCUUGUCUUCCAGUCCAGCCUGUAUCCAUUCAUGAUCUGGAGAGGCUGUGCAGCCCCGUGUACUGCAGAUACCAGUUCCACAAGACUCCGGUUCACGAGACCAAGGGAGAGCCCCAUGGAACUCACGUAUUUUUUCACGACCUCAAUGUCAUCUUCCUUGGGGCCAUGCACCCCAGUGACUUGAGGGAAUACUUGGAGGGGCCCCCCAUGGUAGUUGAAGUCCAUGACAGGGACCGGAAGUCAGAGGAGUAUUCCCGGAAGCCUACCCUGUUUGGAGAGGACCUUAUAGAUUCCUACUACAACCUCCAAGCUUUCAUCUCUUCCAAAGACACAGAGAAUAACCCCUUCGAGUCACAGAACAAGAUCUGGGAUCCUUAUGGGGUUGCCAAAGUCAGUUUUGCUGACCUCCUCCUUGGUUAUAAGUACUUGAACCUGAUUGUCCCCAUCCACAACUGUGAGCCAAAGUCUCCCAAUUGGAGCCAGGAUAGCAGGAGCAGGAGGACUAUAGGACUGCAGGCUCCCACAGAUGUCCAGCACAGCUCAGUUCCCAUAGGCAACUACCUGGAGGCCAACUCUUUACUCAAGCUCCGAGUGGACGUCGCUGUGCCACUGAGUAGUAGUUGGUCCAGAGUUCCCGAGUUCAACCUAAUGGGCACUCAUUUUGGCCGCAUCAUUUUUGUGUUCAGCGCCAAGAAGCUGUCCCUCCUACAGAACCUGCUGCACGACAUCACCGUGAUCAAUGCCAAAGCCCUGGAACUGGACAGUUAUCCCCUCCAGAAAAUCCAGCAAAUCCUGUCAGCCUUCAAGGUGCGAGUGAAGAUCCAAGAGCAGCAGAGCCUGGAUGUGCUCACUGGCUUCCAUCUGCUGGAUGGGAAGAUCCAUCUUUUUAUUCUAGAAGGCUUGGCAGACCAUGGCUUGAGGAGGCUAUGGGAGAGUUACCAGAGCAGUGUCACUACCUCCAACCGUGCAGCCUGCAAGGUGCUCUAUGACUCCAGGUUGCUCUUCCGCCACCGCCUCUACGCUGACCUGGAGACCGUCCUGUUCCACGUACAUUUGUUCAGGCCCGUGUCCGUGCUCCUGCGGUACCCUGCACUCUAUGUUCGCGGGGCUGUGUCACGCAUGACCUUUCAGGCACUGUCCAGGAUCCAUGACAUCUGCCACAGCAGCACCAAGCUCAAGGACGUGAUUUCUCGAGAUCUGCUGCCCUCCUCCUGCAUGAUUAAAGACCUGAGCCAAGAGUUUGGGGUUCCCAUUUCUCAGGAAGAGCUCAUAGAUGGACAGGUGUUGCCAGUAUCACCCCAGCUCGAUGACAACGAGGAGGACGUCCAACAUCAGACUUCUAAUCUCCCACUGGAGAUCCAAGUCCACCAGGAUAAGUACCUGCAAUGGCGGAACAACAUGCUUCUGAAGAACCAAGUCCAUAGGGAUUCCGUUGUUCAGAAAAAUAUCACAGAAGCCUACCAGUUCACUAAGCAGUCUCAAAAGUCAAUGAAGAGGAUAAUUAGAAUUGCCAUUCCUGAGAACAAAACCGUCCACAACUACAGCACCCAGACCAUGAAUUCCACAGAGCUUGCCAAGAAGCAAAUGCUUCAAGAGAUGGCCAAGGAGCCAAGGAAGAGAUUCACGUAUUCACAGAAUUACCUCUCGGCUAUGGUGGAUCUUCAGGACCCAAAGGAAGAGGAGAAGAAAGCCCAGAAGAAGUCCCGCCAGGCCUGGCUCACAGCCGGUGGGUUCCAAGUAUGGGGUCUUCAGAGCGCCAUUGGAAGCCACCAGCAGGAUCUUAGACUGCCACCCAUCAGAGAGCUAAAUGAGGAGUGGCAAGAAAGCGCUCUGUUUGCUAAUGUGCUGAAGCCUGUGUUGGAUCGGGAGAGGUGGGGCUGGAGCCAGCGCCACAAGGAUUUUGACCUGUACAAGAAGCCGCCACUUGACUUUCAGUUGCCUUCUCUUCUGGCUCCAAAGCGUGCAUCUGGUGGUAGGCGAAAGGCAGACAUCCGGUCUUCUGAACAACGUUGGCGCAGUCAAGUCACACCAAGGCCACCUAGUCUCCAUGGCAGUAUCUCUAUGCAACCCCAUGACUUAUUCUCUCUCAGUGACCCAUCGUCCUGUACUAAACACUCUGUCUCACCUAACCUCCACGUCUCAUGAAUCUUCAACAGGACUAUACCACUCAAGUCCCACCUUCCACGGCCGCUGGUUUCAUUAGUAGUAUAAUGAAGGGGCUUAGCUCAGUGCCCAUAACCCUGAUACAAAUGCACGAUUGUUCCAAGAGUAA